UAUUCAUGGUCGCCCUCGCAGUACUUCGAUGAGGACAGCUACUCCCCUCCACCCAGGAACAUGAAGGGUCUCUCUGGCGGCCGCCCUGCCCAGCUCCAGCUCACCUCUCCCACCUCAGCCCACACCUGCGGCCUGGCUGACUGCGACCAUUCCCUGGACCAUCACCUCCACCAUGGCAACUCACGGCCCCCCUCCUACCUCCUCAGCCCCACUGAGAGCUGCCCCCUUGAGAGUCACCAUCGCUGCUCCCCUCGGAGCUCCAUCCACUCUGAGUGCAUGGUGAUGCCAGUGUCCAUGUCAACCACCGACCACUCCAUCUCUAGUAGCACUUUCCCCCGCAUGCACUAUGGCAGCGCUUCGCGGGACAGCGGUGGCAACACUUCUGGCGGCAGGGAAUCUCGAGACGACGGUGGAUCAUCCUCACAUGGUGGCAGCGGCAAAAUGAACCGAAUCCCAGCAAACCUCCUGGACCAAUUUGAGAAGCAGAUGCCGUUACACCGGGAUGGCUUCCACACGCUGCAGUACCAACGCACCUCCACCACAACCACAACCACAGAGCAGCGCAAUGAAAGCCCUGGGCGAAUACGUCACUUAGUCCACUCGGUACAGAAGCUCUUCACAAAGUCACACUCUCUAGAAGGGUCCUCCAAGAUGAACGGUACCAAAAGCGACUCCCACCGGGACAACUCACACCACCACCAUCACCACCACCAAGGCCACCACAAACACAGCAAACGCAGCAAAAGCAAAGAACGUAAAUCUGAAGGCAGUGGCAAGCAGCGCUCGGGAGGUUGGUGGAGUUCUGAUGACAACCUGGAUAGCGACAGCACGUACAGAACACCCAGCGUCAUGUCACGGCAUCCGGUGGACCACAUCAGCCACUGCUACCCUGACUCAAUGCAUGGCCACCUGUCUGGAGACCUGUCGCUAAAGACCUCCAAAAGUAACAACGAUGUCAAGUGCUCAGCCUGUGAGAGCAUAAGCAUGGCACCAGAGGGAAAGUUCAUGAAGAGGAGUUCCUGGUCAACGCUAACAGUCAGCCAAGCCAAGGAGGCCUACAGGAAGUCCUCACUCAACCUGGAGAAGCCCAUGACGCCCACCGAUCUCAAGCCCAACAUCAGGCCCUGUCACUAUCUACAGGUGCCUCAGGAUGACUGGGGGGGUUACCCUGGUGAUGGGAAGGAUGAUGAGAUCCCUUGUCGUCGGAUGCGAAGCAGCAGCUACGUUAAAGCCAUGGGGGACGAGGAGAGUGGAGAAUCGGACUCCAGCCCCAAGACAUCGCCUCAGAAGUCUGUGCGGCCUGACGCCCUGGUAAAGGCCAUAAUCAGACCCAGGGACCUGCUGGACUCCCAGAGUCAGAGCUACCACUUGCAAGCCACCAGGGACAUGCACCCGAGCAUUGCCCUGGAUCCCUCUGCCAACUACAACUCUCCCAAGUUUCGCUCCAGGAACCAGAGCUAUAUGCGGGCCGUCAGCACCCUCAGUCAGGCUAGCUGUGUUAGCCAAGUGAGUGAAACAGAAAUAAAUGGCCAGUUUGAAUCAGUGUGCGAGUCAGUAUUCAGUGAGGUGGAAUCUCAGGCCAUGGAGGCCUUGGACCUGCCUGGCUGCUUCAGAACCCGAAGUCACAGCUACCUGCGAGCCAUCCAGGCUGGCUACUCUCAAGAUGAUGACUGCAUUCCCCCGAUGGCCUCCACUGUCACCUCCACCAUCAGGUCUACCACAGCCAUCACCUACACACCCAACUACAAGAAGACCCCUCCUCCGGUCCCGCCCCGUACCACCUCCAAACCCCUCAUCUCCAUCACGGCCCAGAGCAGCACCGAAUCCACCCAGGACGCCUAUCACGAGGGAAGGCACCCUCAUGGUGGAAUGUGGGCCCCUGACGGCCUCAGCCUGGGGCUGGGCCCAAGCAGGGCCCUCUAUAACUCCACUGACAGCCUGGACAGCACCAAGGCUGUGACCAUAGCCAUGGAGGCGGCUGGGGUCAUGGCUGGAAAAAGACACCCGUCCACAGACAGCCACAGCUCGGUGCUCACCUGCGAUAAGGCCAUCCUGGUGUCCAAGGCUGAGGAGUAUUUGAAGACACCUCGAUCCUCUAUAGGGAUACAGGUGGAAGCAGCCACGGACUCUGAAUCUGAAAGCAAAGGCUUGCGGGAGUACCACUCUGUUGGGAUCCAGGUGGAGGACAACAAGAAAGGACAGGGCAGGUUCAAACGCUCAAACAGUGUGACUGCAGCUGUGCAGGCUGACAUGGAGUUGGAGGGCUUCCCCAUCAUGGAGGACAAGGGCCUGCAGUUCGGCGGGGGGUUCCAGCGUCACUCAGAGCCCAGCACGCCCACCCAGUACGGGGCAGUGCGAACCGUACGUACCCAGGGGCUCUUCAGCUACCGUGAGGAUUACCGUACCCCUGCUGAACCCCCCAGCCCCAGGGAGACCACCAGCGAGAACACUUGGCAGCUGGAACCCCCUUCCCCACGGGAGAACACGGCCUCAUCAGGCGAGUCGGGCAGGGCAUCCCCCUCCCUGAGGAGGGACGGGAGCUGGUUCAUGCAACUGCUCCACACGGAGACCAAGAGGAUUGAGGGCUGGUGUAAGGAGAUGGAGGCAGAAGCUGAAGAGAAUGACCUGUCAGAGGAAAUCCUAGGUAAAAUCCGGAGUGCAGUGGGAAGCGCUCAGCUGCUCAUGUCUCAGAAAUUCCAGCAAUUCUACUGGCUGUGUCAGCAAAACCUGGACCCCAGUGCCAUGCCGCGGCCCACCUCUCAGGACCUGGCUGGGUUCUGGGACCUACUGCAGCUCUCCAUCGACGACGUCACCGUGAAGUUUGACCAGCUGCAGCAGAUCAAGAACAACAACUGGAGGCCCAUAGACAGCCCAGAGAAGAAGCCACCAGCUCCCGUACCAAAGAAGACAGUUCGACAGAAGAGUGUGAUAACGAGGGAGAAAUCCCUGGACCUCCCAGACAGGCACCGGCAGGAGGCCCGUCGGCGGCUCAUGGCCGCCAAGCGGGCAGCCUCCUUCCGGCAGAACUCAGCCUCGGAGCGAGCAGACAGCAUUGAGAUCUAUAUUCCUGAGGCUCAGACUAGACUUUGAGAAAAUAGGGUCCGGGGCCGACACGUCUCCCUGCUCCCACAUUAAAACAACUUUAAAACUAGCCUUUUUUCUAGACUACUAUUCUCUCUACUCUUCCUUUAUCCAUCUGUUGUCUGAUCUCAAUAGCCAUCCUCAGUGCCCAUCGCCAACACCAUUGGUCUGUAGGAUGUGCCAAGCCUCUUCUCCCAUUGCCAGAAUAAGUGUUAGCAGAAAUGUAUGUCUGACAUGGGUCGGUUGGGUUUCUCCUUGGUUUGCUGGUGAUCAUGAUACCCAGCCUACAAGCUCUCUCAUCCAAUGUCCUGGAUGGGUACGUCUGUAGUUUUUCAGCAUUUGCAAAGUGCCAUUUAAAAAGUGCAGCUUUGAAAACCUACCAGCAACCAGGCCUCUGAGCUAAAAAGAGUAAAUGAGAGAAAAAUUAUAUUUAUUUCAAGUUGUUCAAAUAUGGUCAAAGUUAGUAACCCUUCAGUAUUUUUCAAUAAUUUAAGGUGACAUUAUGAUUAUACUUUUUGUUUCUCUGGUCUUUUUUGGAGUAAAUGUUAAUUACAAGCUAAAUAUCACAAAUUGUUGUGAGUUUAAAACUUUUAAAAGUGCCAAUGCUUGAAAUACCUCAACUAUGUGCAUGUGGCACUGAUCACCCAUUCAAGGUUAUUCAGGCAGCCCUUAUAAGCUCUGGACUGGUCAGUGUUGAAAAAUGCAGCUUUCUACCCAAUCUGGUUGUAGUCAAACAUUUUUCUUGGUCUGGAUUGGUGGAAGAAUGACAUCUGUCAGCUCAUUAACAUGCACAUUUCAAACAACUUCCCUAUAUAUCUCAUGUUCCUGUUCCAACUUUCAAAUAUUGACAUUUACUUGAAGCUGAAAACAUGCAAGUCUUGUGCCAACAUUUUCAUUAUGUCAAUGCAGUAGAAAAAAAUGACAAGGUUUGUGUAACUCCUUAGAUCAAAAUGUGUAGACAAAUGCACUUAUGCACUUAUUACAAUUCUCUCUAUUUCCAAGGGAAAUGUACAUACCCAAGUUCACAAUAGUACUGUUGUAUUUUUGAAUUGUGAGCGGGAAGAAUAUUCAUCGUGUAUAUCUUUUUUCCCUCAUGUCUUGCUUGCCUGCCCUCUCAAUUGCUAUUGGCAAAUCUAGGUUUGUUGCAUCCACACAGUGGCUUGAUCACACAUGCAAAAUCACACUGCUGUGUUUUCAUCUAAUAUACUUCUCUCAGGCCCUUUCAAGUAGCGCCCUCAGCCACAGUUAAUGAGGAGUGAUAGAAAAACUGCCAAAACAAAAACAAAAUAUCUGCAUACUAGUUUCUUUAGUCCAAGAAAUAGCUUGUAAUCUUCAUAUUUCUUGAAAAGUUAUGCGUUGCUGGAAGCAGUAUCAUAACUACAUUCACUCCCUCUAGGAAAGGCUGGAAAAUAAUGAAACAAAAUUGGGGCAUAGGCAAUCCAGGGGGAUGCAAGCAGCAAAUCCCAAAUAACUAAAACUUUCUUGCUGAAAGGAAAUACAUGAGGAAUAGGGUAUUAACUGUCUGUGGCUAUGCAGACCACUGUGUGAUAUUUUGUCAAAAUAUGAUGUGUUAGCUCAAUAUUAUCAUUUGCCUUUGAUUCCCAUCACAGUGUUCAGAUGUACCAAUUGCACCAGCUCUUCGUAACUUCAAACUUAGCCUACUAAUAACUAGAGAUCAAUAAAUUAAAAUUGGUUGAUCACACAAACUAUUUCUGUGCUGUAGUUGUUGUACGUACGCACACUAAAUGCCAGGUGUAACUGCAACCUAGUUAACUCAACCAACUGACACAACUAAAAUUAGCUUGCUAAUAUAUGACCUGUUUAGAUUGAGGAGUGAUAGAGUUAAUAUUGUAUAUGGCUGACAUAUCACCUGACACUUGAUCAGAAUAACGAUAUGCUAAUGUAACACAGGCUAAAUGACUAAAUGUGUAAGUUAGUAAGUUAGUUACCAUUGUGAACUGCAUGAAUAAUGCUAACUCUCAAACACAUAUUUGUAAUUUAAAUUGCCUAAUGCUUACUAGCUAAGUCAUUUUUUAAAAAGUGUUUUGUGUAACCUGAUUUAGUAAAUCUCUAGUUUAAACUUCUAUACAAAUAAUUUAGGAAGGACUUUACAUAAAAACUGGAUUUACGAAUAGCUGGUGCAGCCCAAUCAUGGUACUGAAUGUUACGUGAAACUAAAAAACUUAAAGUUAUGGAGGCUUGGAUACAAGUCUCCAUUGGUCAUAGAAUUUACUUCCAGGUGGUUAUAAUUAGAUUGCUCAUGAAGGUAAACUCAUCUUGAGCAAAAGACAAAAUUCUGCUGCUCUUUGUUGUCAGACUUCAGUGCCAAUAUCUUGAACAUCAGUCCUCAUUGUAUUGCCAAUGUUAUAUUCAAAUCACUGACCUAAAGACUUAAGUCUAUUGGUAAAAUCUUUGGAUAAUCAACCAACUAAAUGGUGCUGCUUUUUAUUUAACAAAUACAGUACUAGACAAACAAUCAAUGCAACACAGUGUGCUGUCAGCUGAUUGAUACAUCACUUAAAAAUAAUCUAUUUUUAUGACUUGAAAUUUUUGGUUAAGUGAUUGUGCCAGUAUUUGUUAUGGGUAGGUCCAGGGAGAUUUGUCAUAUAGCAGUAACAACAAAGUACAUUUCUCUGGAAUUGAAUAUUUUGUGUAUGUGUGUUUUGUGUGUGCAUCUUGUUUUUGUAGCACAGUGCUGACAUAUUCAGAAAAGAGAGGGUGAAUCUGGGGUCAGUGUGACUUGAUUUCCCUAUUACUACCCAACUGUGGCCUGACCUGCAUCUCUCUUUCACACACAGAUACACACACACACACAGACACAUGUUGUCCCUAUGUCAUCAGCACUUUAUUGGAACAUAUUUUAGAUACCACAGCAUAGCAUAUAAUUUACUGUUGCAUUUUUAUCAAAUACAAUACAAGGCAGAGAGCUUAGACAUUAAAUUUCAGAGAGCUAAGAAGUAUAUUCAGUCUGACAAAUAACCAAAGUCAGUUCAAACAUGCAGUGCCAUACUUCAAUUACAGAUCGGGCUUUUAAUAGCCCCCAGCCAAGUGUUAGAUUACACAUUUCUUUAAAAUCACCCAUCUAUAAUUCUGCAUUUUUUUCAUUGCAGAGGCAGAGACCUUUAAGAGUACGACAGUGGGUUUCUGGAAAGCGUCUGGGCGUGUGAUGCCAGGCAGUUGGCAGAGCAGAGACGUUCCCCUGCUGUUGCCACAGUGGCAGGCAGACGGGAGAGAGACAGACUCGGCCUGACAUAUGCUGGCUUAGAGGAGACGAGAGCUCCGCACUGAGCCCCAAACUGCUGGUGUUGUAUGCUGUUGUGUAGCUGGAAGGCUGUUCUGUGAGAAUCGCUAGGCGCUGUGCUGGGUAUUUUUUAGCCUGCCUUUGACUAAGCAAAGCAGCUUAUGUAAGAUUUUGGGUCCUUGGUGAGAUCAAGCAAACAGCCUCCAAGGCCCUUCAAAGCUUGUGUUGAUAAAUGUAUUGCUGAAUAGUGGCCUAUACUGUAGAACUUAAGCAUCAGCACUACACAUAUUUCUAUCAGUCUGUGCUGGGCUAGUUUCACUGGAACAACAGGAGUUUCUCCCUUAUGCAAAUUGAUCAGGGCUGUGGAAAAAAAAGUGUAUCCUAUAUACUACCUUGGUACACUUUUAAGACUCAUCUUUUGCUUCCCCAAGAGGCAUGAUUUGCAUAAUUGCAAUGAGACCGUUUUCUGAGUUAAACCAUGAACGGAUAAUUUUAAAUAGAACAGUGGAAUCAGUUACAGAAGUCACGUGGGAGCAGAAAAUGUUGAAAAGGAUUUGUGCAAUAGAGACAUAGACUUUAGUCAAUUUACAGCUACAGUUAGAGGUAAGAAAUGGGCUUCAAAGCUUGCAGAAAUCAUACAUUUCGUUGGAGAGCUAGAACUGAAAAAAUGUCUUGAUUCUCCUAUAAGAGUCUCUCAGAGCCAUUUUCUAAACUAUGAAUAAAAUAUCUUAAUAUAAAAGCUGGGUCGAGUUUGUCGCCAAGUAAGAAUCAUUUUACGUCUAUGAAAAAUAUUUAUUUUUUACCUUUUCACACAUUUGUUGUCCAUUAAGGUUUAAACAGGCUCAUAGACGAACAGCUGUGAGGGCCUCCUUACACAGUGUUCUUGUUGAAACUUAUUUCAGUGGGUGUUUUAUGUUGGAUUGCUUUGGCAGACGUACACUUGUGUGGUGUGCAUGUGCUGUGAGCAUUGGAGGAUUCCUCACUUGUCUGAAAGUAACUGUGGUAAUUAUUCAGUUUUGAAAAAAAAUAUGGUGAAUUUAACAGUCACCCACCAAACCUUUGUGCAAACCCCAAGGGCAGAACAUUGCACCAGUGUCACAUUAAAUGUCAUGAGGGCAGCAAUUAACUACAAGUGCCAUCUUUUUGACCUAUCCAGCAUACUGUAAAAUCAUUACUCUGCACAGCCAAAUCUCCAUCAACUUCACGUAAGCAAACCAUUCCUGCCAUCGCCUACCUUUUCCCAUUUCCAGUCACAUAUUUACAUCACGUCAGCUCGCGUCUCGACAUCUGUGGCCUCACUUCUGGUACGACUGUCUAUCUGCUUUUAACUCUAGAAUCCAUCAUGUGAAAUAUUUCAAGGGGACUUUUUCGUAACCAUGCUGUGGAAAGAGCGUCAGCCUCACUGAGAUAGACUGAUACAACACUUCCUUGAACUUGGAAUGUGAAACCACUCUAUAAUUACUAGAUAAAAUUAAAAAGGUAGUUGUUUAGCUAAAACUAUUUUCAUCUCUUGUAUAUCAUAUCUAUAGUGAGGAUGAAUAUAAUGCCAAAUAUUCAUUAUUUGUAAAGAAAUAUAUAUAGAUAUAUAAAUAUAUAAUAUAUGCUUCAUUGAAACAUAACUAUUUUCUGCAUUUGCUCAUGUUUUGUUGUCAUUUUUACUUUGUUAUGGUUAUUUUAUAAGCUGAUAUGACGGCAUGCGAAAUACUGAUUCUGAAUGUAGACUUAUUUAUUUAAUUUUUUGGUUUAAGAUUUUGACACUGUCCCACUGAUGUGUUAUGUAUUUAUUUAAGUCAAUCACAUAUGCAUUUCUCAAUGUGUUAUUUCAGAGCAAGUUACCGUAUCAUUGGGUUAUUUUUUUGAUUAUUUUAGUAGUUUGCAACAACAUAUGCAUUUUCGUCCAUUCUUUCCUAGCUGAGCUAUUGAAAGAUUUUGCCUCUUUGAGUAGUUUGAUCAUUGCUGAGGUCAUCCAGU